CAAUCCUCAAACUGAAAAGCAAGAGGAAUGAGAAAGAAAGAGAAAGAGACAAUAGAAGAAUAACGCGAUAAACAGAAAUGGUGUUACAGUUUCUGAAGCAUCCUUUCACCAUCUCUCGAGGUUUCCACAGUGACACAACCUUAACUAUCCUUUCGCGUUUCCCAACUUUCAAUUCUCCAGUUAGAUGUGUCAGCGCUCAAAUUCCAACUCCAUUUAAGGGAUAUGCUACUGCGAAUUCAGAAAAGGUUUUACCUGUGAAGAAGAAAAAGAGGCUUGAUGAAAUAUGUCUUGAAAAAUAUCAGCAAUAUAGCAGAUCCAUCAUCCAGUCAUGGAUUUUGCAAGGCAAAGUACAUGUCAAUGGGAAGGUGGUAAAUAAAGCUGGUACUCCUGUGUCUGAAAAAGCUGUUGUGGAGAUAAUUGCUGAAGUUCCGAAAUAUGUAUGUAGGGCGGGACAUAAGUUGGAAGCUGCCAUUGAACAACUUGGUGUCAAUGUUGCUGGUAAAGUUGCUCUUGAUUCUGGGCUGUCAACUGGAGGAUUUACUGACUGCUUACUUCAGUAUGGCGCAUCACAUGUUUAUGGAGUUGAUGUAGGCUAUGGACAGGUGGCUGAGAAAAUUCGUAGAGAUGAUCGAGUAUCUAUUAUAGAGCGGACAAAUUUAAGAUAUCUUACAGAACUCCCCCAAAAUGUUGAUUUGGUGACUUUAGACCUUUCAUUCAUCUCUAUUCUCUUGGUCAUGCCUGCUGUGGUUAAUGUCAUGAAGGAGGAUGCAGCCUUAGUAACCUUAGUUAAACCACAAUUUGAAGCUCGUAGGUCUCAGGUAGGAAAAGGGGGGAUAGUGAAAGAUCCUAGUAUCCAUCAAGAGGUUGGCUACAUUAUGGGUUUCUGCUCAUGUUUUAACAAAUUCUCCGUGGACAGUUAUUCAAAGGUUCUUGACAGGAUUAUAAAGGGAGUAGAGGAUUUUGGUUUCUGCAGUAAGGGUUGGAUUGAGUCCCCUCUCAAAGGUGCUGAGGGUAACACAGAGUUCCUUGUUCACUUCACUAGAACCUCAAAAUAAAAGGUUCUUGAAAGAAUUAUAAGAUUUGUUCAUAUUGCAACUUGGAAGGUGCAAUAUUGUUGUAGAGUGAUGGGUUUAUGCCAUGUAAGGGUGAAAUUUUGCAUGAUCCAUUGAAGAAACGACCAUUGAUUAGUGAAACAAAAUGUGAUGAACAAUACAAUCAUUGUAUUAAUGAAUGAAUUGCGUAAAGUUUUUCGCCCACGAA